AUGGGGUCUGCAAGAAGUUUUCGAGUAAAACGUGAUCAAGUAUCACGAAAGCGAUCGGUGCCGCUGGUUCUGGAGCGAAAACCGUUGUGGAUUGCGGGUACCGGGAACCUACUUCUCGUUUCUCAUUUCGAUCAGAUUACUACUAUUUCGGACUUAGGAAUUGAUCAACAAAAAUAUGAAUAUCCCAUUGUUUCCAUACAAAGACAUCGGGAAUAUUUACUUAUUAACACAAGUUGUGGUACAACGUUAGGGGAAAAAAAAACUCAGGAGAAGAUCCAGGAAGAGAAUCCAGGAGAUGAUCCAGGACAAGAUCCAGAGGAAAAUCCGGAAGAAAAUCCAUGA